GACACCUGUCCCAAAAUUGUCAUUUAUAAAAAAUACCCUUGCCCUCAGAAUACAGUUUAACUAUUCAGUAAACGCUGUGGGGAUUUCUAAAUCUGCUUUUGUAUUUUUACAGUUUUCAGUGUGGUUUAUUGUGUUAACUCGGGUACCCAACAGCUUAUUUAAAAAAUAAAGAUUUUGGUUACAGGAAAGAUUCAUCCACACAAGAAACAUCACCAAUAUAAAUAUACAGUAGCCACUGUUAGAGCUAUUGUAACAAGCUGGACUUUUGACUGAAAACCUUCGGCUACUGACAUAUAACCCUUGUGACAACUUUCCCAUGUGACAACAAGCUCUGUUUUUUUUUAAUGCCUAACAUGUCAAAGACUUUUAACGCUUUAAAGUCACCAAUAAAUGUUAUAUUAUCUAAUUAUAGCUAUUAUACAAAACAACUUCUUUUUCAACUUCUGUAUUGUUUUGGAUUAAUCAAAUUCAUUAGCAAUAUUGUCAUCUGAUAGCCUUAUGUCCUGGAUGUAGGUGUGUAGAUUUCCUCCAAUAAAAAGUCUAUUGACAGCACUAGUCAUGCAGUGCGCACACAUACAGAGAGGAGAGGAGCAGGUUAAUAUAUCACUGACUGAGUGCAAGGAUUUAAAGGGUUGUGUAUUGGUCAGAUAUUUACUUUGCAGUACAUCAAGGUCUCCGGAGGAUCGAGAGAGCCGUGAGCGUACAUCUGCUCACCCUACAUCUCCUCUAUCGCCAGCGGGUGUCCUGAGGAGUCCGAGCUCUCCACUGAGCAGACCGGACCACCAGCACCCUCAUCGGAGACUGCGCUCUCCGCAGAGGAGACCAGACGACCGUCACCCUCAGCGGGCUCAGGUAAAGCAGAUCUUACUGGACAUCGGCUGUUGCAUUGUAGGACAGACAGAGACAUUGGUGCCUGCAGAUCGGGUUCUCUAUGCCCUCAGAGAUGCCACAUCAACUGUAGACAGUCUUCCUCUCAUCACAGGCUCCAUCAUUUCUAAGAAAGGAGCAGAAGGUCUGAAUGCACUUGUAUUGGAUGUAAAGUUUGGCAGGGCUGCUUUGUAUAAAGAUUUGGACAGUGCACGCCAUCUUGCCCAGUCACUGGUAACUGCAGGCAACAACCUGGGUAUAACAACAGGGGCGGUACUUAGCCGAAUGAACGCUCCGAUUGGUCGAUGUGUGGGAAAUGCAGUUGAGGUGUGUGAAGCCCUCGAGUGUCUUAAAGGACGGGGGCCAGAUGACCUAAAUGAACUAGUUUUAACUUUAGGUGGGUACUUAUUGUGGAUAAGUGGCCACUCUCCAACAUUAGAGAAUGGGAAAAAUAUGAUUCUCCAAAAACUAAUGAACAGAGAAGCCCUGAAAAAGUUCCAGGCUAUGUUGGUGGCCCAGGGUGUGACUGAAGAUGCUGCCCAUUCCCUGUGCGCAGAUGACACAGACUACUUUAGGCACAUGAAGAGAGCAGCACAUCAAACAGAGCUUAAAGCACAACAUGAUGGAACGGUUUUAGAGAUUGAUGGCAUGGCAGUGGCCAAGGUGCUGCACAAGUUAGGGGCGGGACGUAAUGAACCUGGUGAGAAAAUCGAUCACAGUGUGGGAGCGGAGAUUUUGGUAGACAUGGGACAGCAGGUAACUAAAGGUCAAUCCUGGAUCAGGAUUCAUCACAACAGCCCAGAACUGUAUAUACACCAACAUUUUGACCUUCAGAAAGCUUUGGUUUUUGGCAGCAGUGAUGAAUUCAAGACAGAGUCACGUGUAGCGGAAUUUAUCCAUCCCAGAUAAUACCAAAAUACAAAAACAAAAAAUUAUUUCAGAAGGUUUAAGUGUACAAAAGCAUGGUACUGUAUAUGUAAAGUACCAGGAUGUUAAAUUGAUACCAGGUAGGACUUGGCAAGCCAGGCACUACAAACCAUGGGCGUAGAUUUAGGGUGGGACACUAGGGACAUGUCCCUAGCAAUAUUCAGGGAAGACUGAAUUGUCCCUAGCAAUAAUUUCGACCAAACAAUUAAUCUGUAUUUAUAUAUAACCACUAAUGUCCUUCUUAUUCUUGUGUUUUCUAUUUUUUACUUAUUAUAUUUUUUUUCAGGAAUCAUUUAAAUGAGACUAGAAAUCUUUUGCAAUCCCGUUCUGUAAAAAUGACGCUCUAUGUGGUACACAAACGGUUAACAGCUUUCGUUCUCUGCAAUGCCCGCCUCCGUAACUCACAUCGCUAAUAUGAUUGGCUUUGCAUUUCUUUAGUCCCGCCUCUCUAAUCACAUUGCUAAUAUGAUUGGAUUAGCAUUUCUUGAGUCCCGCCUCUCUAAAUCACAUCACUUUAUGGCUUGUCUUUACUCGCUACGUGUGAUAGGAUGGUUUCACUUUGUACAACGCGCCAAAGUUCACUCAACAAGACGCGCGUGAUUAUUCGGGCUACAGGUAAGUGAGGAAGAAAGUAUUAUUAUACCCACUGUAACUGUUUCAUUCACAAAUUACGGAACAAGUUGUGUCACAUAAUGUUUCAAGGACACUGUUUUCACCAAUACACGACAAUCCCAUGUUAACCUGAGGAGUUGCAAACUUUUGUCAACCUUUUAUAAAUGGGGUGGCAAGGUUAUUUAGGGGGUCCCUAAUCCAUGAAAGAAAAUAACCCCAACAUGGUAAAAACAUGAAUUCAUGUCAUGAAUCCUGAAUACUUUACAUUACUGCACUGUGGUCAUUACUUGCACAGAUGUAGACAUAAUGUAAGGUUGCAUUUUAAACUUAAAAUUAUUUUUUUUCACACUGAUUAACUGUCUGUUUAUGAAAAGAAGAUUUAAUGUGAACUACAGAAACGUUAAUAAACGUUGUUCAGGAAACAGCAUGAUAUACAUACCAACUUCAACACUGGGAUUUUUUUGGCAAAAUUAAAUUAAGAAUUAAAUAUUAAUUGCAUAUUCUUAGUAAAUAUGGUUAUAUCUUACAAUGUGAUUUUCUUUUUUUUUUUUUACAAAGACUUAAACAGUUACUGUUUAUUAGGCUCUAGGACAUAACGAAUUGUUUAUUAUAAAUUUGGGAUGGCCGGGGGUGGCGAGUCAGAUGUUACUGAGUAAAGUGCAUACUGAGUUGUCUGUUGUUUGUGUCAAGUAAACGGUGAUAAACAGUUUUUGCAAUGCAACCAUUUUAUUUAUGUCCCCACCAAUGCCAGAAUCAAACCUACGCCCUUGCUACAAACUAAAGAUUAUUGAACUUUGAGAACUUCGAAAGCCAUCUGGGAAAUCUUUAAACGUGUUUGCUUACCAGUGGCCUCUAAAAUAUUACUGUAGCCCAGGGCUGCUCAAUAUCCACCUGCCUUCAAAGUUCAGUCAAAACUUUAAUGAUACUCACCUGAAGCAACUAAACAAAACUUUAGGGUUAAACUGGGAAUUACAGCGGUACUGAAAUUGAAUUUUGCAGGAAGGUGGAUCAUCUGAAGAAUGCGCACAAAAACAAUGAAAUCCUCAGUUAAGAAACUUUGUAGAAAUGUUUAUGUUAGUAUCCAAAUAUUUAUAUGUGCAAAAAAUUUUUAUCUUUGUAUUUCUACUGCAUCAAGAUGCUUUCAGCCUGGGCAGUUACAUUGAGAUGUGAUGUACUGAAAUUAUGAGAUAAUUAAUAAAUUCACCAGCUUAGUUUAUACUCAAAUAUUUUUUUCUUUAAAACACAUUACUUUCUUUGUAUUUGUUGAAUAAAUGAAAUUAUUCCGAUUUUUUAGUGUUGGGUUAAAUGAAUGUUGCUGCCACCUAGUGGGAUGUUAUUUUAACUAACAUCAGGGCCCGGUUUUUCAA